CGGCCUACGCUCAAUGUUGAUUACGCUCGCCAUCCUUAAUAGGGCAAAGUGUUUCGAACGGUACUGCGGUUUAGUGAAGUUCAUUAACUUUAAUUAGACGGUUACGGACCCUGCUUUUACGUUGGAUUUUAUUUAUCACUCACUUUCCUCUCGUCAUUGCACAAAAACAGGGAAAAUGAUUCCUUAACUGAGUGAACCAUGGAAGUUAAAAAGCUUUUACGAUUAGACGUCGACGGAUAAAACAGAUUUUUGCAUUGUUUUAAAAAACCAGCAAACAAAACAAGACUUGGGAGCUUUGUGUAUUGUGUAUAGAUAUUAUGUCUGAUUACGUAACAGACAGUGGCCGAGUGGAUGGGUCCUGGGAGCUGACCAUUGAGGUUACCGAUGUACAGGUGGAGAAGAAACUUCGGGUCAAUGGGGACCUUCAUAUUGGAGGAGUCAUGGUGAAACUUGUGGAGGCCCUGGAAAUUGCUGCUGAUUGGUCAGAUCAUGCACUGUGGUGGCCAGACAAGAACCAAUGGCUGUUGAGAUCCCGGUCCACCCUGGACCAGUACGAGGUCCAGGCUGAUGCCAAGCUGCUCUUUACCCCGAUGCACAAAACUGUCCGACUCCAACUCCCAGAUCUCCAGAUCCUGGAAAUGAGAAUGAACUUCUCCAGCAAAGUUUUCGCAGCCAUCACAUCCCUGUGCAAAGAACUAGGAAUAAGAAACCCAGAAGAAUUGUCAGUGAUGAAAUUCAUGGAUAAGGAUGAUUUGAAAAAGAACAUUAAAGAACAUCUGAAUACGAAGAAAAAGCGUGAUUCCCUGCAUGACCAGAUGCCGGCCAGCAAUGGUGUCAACCACUCCAACUCAGGAAGUCUGGACCGUCUCAGUCCGUACCCCAACAGGAGUCCUGCCGGUCCAUCCCCUAAUAACACAUUGGGUCGCUCACCGGGAUUUAAUUCACCCUCUCCCUACAACACAAUGAAUGGGACAAUGUCCCCAGGAUCCAUGUACAGCCUGUCCUUUGAGGGAGCUAUGGAAUCUUCCCUGGCUAAUAGCCCACCAAUACCCAUGAAAGAAGCACUGCAGUAUCUCCACAAACCUAAAAAUCUUGUAGAAAAAGCUCGUAUUAAUUAUGCGUGGCUAGACUCAUCCAGAUCCCUGAUGGAGCAAGGGGUGCGAGACAAUAAUUUCCUGCAACUGAAAUAUAAAUUUUAUAACUUCUACGAUUUGAACCCCAAGUAUGAUGCAGUGCGGAUUAAUCAGAUCUAUGAACAAGCUAAGUGGAGCCUGAUGUCAGAGGAAAUUGAUUGUACCGAGGAAGAAAUGAUGAUGUUUGCUGCGCUUCAGAUUCAGAUUCAGAUGCAAGUGGGUCAGGCCCAGCCCAGUGACUCGUCCAUCAUGGACCACAGCACCCCCCAUAUGGAGGGGGACGACAUUGACGCCGACCUGUCCAACCUGGAAGAGUCCCUGCAGGUGGCCAACAUCUCCACGUCGGGGGACAUAACCUCUGUACCAGAACUGGGCGGCUACGUCAAAUGGUUCAAACCUAAGAAAUUUACUCUGAAGAGCUACAAGAAAGCAUGGUGUGUCUGUAAAGAUUUGUACAUAGCAUUCUACAAAAGCCAGGAGGAGGCUAGUGGUUGUCCUACAAUGAAGAUGACCAUCAAAGGAUGUGAAGCCCAUCCAGACUUGAACAUCUCUCACGGAAAAUAUGGAAUCAAACUUUUUAUUCCAUCCUCUGAAGGCAUGUCUGAAUUGUGGCUGAGAUUUGACUCGGAGGACGAGUACUGCAAGUGGAUGGCAGCAUGUAAACUUGCGUCCCAGGGCAAGACAAUGGCGGACAGUUCCUACGACAUGGAGGUACAGACUCUAAUGACCCUCCUGAAGCGACAGACCCCUGCCGACGUCCCUGUCACCCCCAUACAAGUGGACAUCAAGAACCCCGAGGAUUACGUAGCUCCCCGAUUCUACAAGAAACUGAAAGGGAAACAGCUGGAGAAGAGAAUUCUGGAGGCCCACGCCAAUGUACAGAAUCUACCUCUGAUGGAGGCCAAGAUGGCCUUUAUCAAGGCAUGGCAGUCCCUGCCUGACUACGGAAUUAGCUACUUCAUUGUCAAACAGAAGAAUGCUAAGAAAGAGGAACUCUUGGGUGUAUCCCCAAACAAGAUUAUGCGUAUGGAUUUGAACUCUGGUGAUUCCAUAAAAACAUGGCGUUACGGAAAUCUGAGAUCAUGGCACGUAAAUUGGGAGGUGCGCCACGUUAUUUUAGAAUUCGAAGGAGAGACCCUAACAUUCGCCUGUUUAAGUGCGGACUGCAAAGUGGUGCAUGAAUACAUUGGUGGAUAUAUUUUCUUGUCUAUGAGAUCGUCAGACAAAAACCAAACUCUUAACGAGGAUUUAUUUCAUAAACUGACAGGAGGGUGGGCAUAAAGUUCUCGCCCGCAAGCUUGUCAUUCUGUGAUCUGCAAUAGUGUGCCUAAACGUGUGGGAUACUUUCACUGCUGACAAUGUCUAUGUAACACUGAAUUACAUUGGAAUAAAACGAGGGCCUGAAAUGAAAAACCAGAACCAGUGGAGCUCAAACCCUGUACACAAUAGGAUUAUGAUUUUGUAAUUUUCCCUAGCUUUAUUUCUAUUAUUCAAGCAAGCCAGCAGCUGGUUUUCAUUACUUGCAUUUCUGGUUUACCACCACUAUUAUCAUUAUCAUCGACAUCAUCUAACCAUCUCUUCAUAUUAUUUUAUGUGUUUUCUUGAUGUUUUAGAAAUCUCUUUCUUCCCUUUUUGCGACAUCAUGCCAGAGUGGUGUGUGUUCAUUAUGUAUGCAUGAAAAAAGUUAUAUAGAUCAUGUGUUCAGUCUAUGACUGUCAACAGUUUAUUAUUGUAUUGUAUAUUUAUCCAAUCAUAUUGCAAUUAUACUCAAUUUUUUGUCCAGAAAGUAUGUCGCAUAAGAAUAAUAUAUUCCAGUGAAAAGAACAUUGGCUCAGAAAUAGAUCUUUAAAAUGCCAGCCAUCAACCUCAUUUUGUGAAUGCUUGUACACUAUUAAUAAGUUAAACAAUAUUUUAUCAUUUUAUAUAGGUAACGAAACCAAUUUUUUUUAUUUAUUUAUGAAAGGUGUUUUCUUUGAAAUAUUUUAUGACAUAGUAAAACUGAAUAUGGUUUUUAUUCCAACAAAACCAAUUUUAUUUGUGUGUAUCAAACUCUGUAUAUGCAUAUACUGUUGUUGAUAUAUUAAAGUACUGUACACACCCCCAGUUUUACAUAUGAUUUUCUUUGUAAUCUCUGAUACAUAAAUGAAUUUGGUUUUACAACUGACAUUUUUUCCUCCUUUAUUUACAAAUUUAACAGGAAUUAGAGUUUAAAACCAUUGAGUUUUGAUAUUCAUGUAUAUAUUUAGCACAGGGAAAAGUGGAAACAGGAAAUUUCCUAGAGAAUUCAACAAUGCUUUUUACCCAUACACAUCAUGAUAAACACGUGGCUAUAACGUGUUUGAGAAUAUUGUAACCUUCCCUUUCAACUUGUGCUAUGUACCAGUAAACAUGUUGCUGUAUAUCUUCUGUCCUCAGAAGAGCAUGUUUAAUAUUGAAUUACUGUAUUGUCAUGAAAGUAAAAAAAAAAUAAACAGGAAAAAAAUUGA